AUGACCACAACAUAAUAAGAUACACAUAUACUGGUUAUCUCUGGGUGGUGGAAUUAUUAAUGCUUAUCCAUUUCCUCUUUGUAUUUUUUAUUGUUGUUUUACAAAUUAUACAAUCUGAAGAUUUAUUGCUUUUUAAUCAGAAAAAAAGCAAUGCAUUUUUAAAAGAAACAAUUUUGCAAAGGAAGGGGUCUGCAAUGUGAGAUGAGGAAGAAGCCUGGGGAAGCCAAUGGUUAGCUUGAUGUAUUGUUAGGUGCCAGAAGGUGAAAAGAAAAGUAGGAGAAAGAAUAACACAGUAUUCACUAGCCCUUUUUCUCUCUUUCCUACUCUCUUCUCCUUAAUUCCUUGUCUUCCCCUAGCAGCAUUGGGAGAAGAUCUGUCUUCUGCCAGAACUUAACCCAAACACACAUAGAGACUACCAUGAAGCCCUGGGUUCGCCUAUUCGUCAUGCUCAGCUGUUGGGUUGUGAUGCUCCUGUCUGUGCUGGGAAGCUUCAGGAACAAACCUCCCUUUCUAGGUGAAAGAAGAGAAAGUGAGCAGUGCUGGGUACAGCCUCCAUUAAAGUAUUGUGGAAAAAGGUGCACUAAAUUGCAGGGAUGUUUACGUCCAAAUCAUACAUGUUGCUGGACCUUCUGUGGAAACAUCUGCUUGGACAAUGAGUGAGUGGUUGGUGGGAAGGUUGGGCCUAGGCAUGCUUCCCCACUGCUUCUCACCUUCGUUUGGAAGCUGUGACUUGGAACAAAAGAUUGCAGUCACCCAAACCCUGGUCAAAGAAACAGGCAGCUUAAGGCAAUGCUCUCCUGUCUCCACACACCUAGGCUGCCACUCACUGCAAAAUAAACCAAGAUACCAACAUGGUGGGGCCUCUAUUUUUUUUCACUCUUAUUCAGUUCCCCUAAAACAUCACCCAUCAAUUUGUUCAUCCAUUCUUCGUCUAAGACCCCAAUUGGUGCCUCCUGAGUCUGGCCUCUCCAUUGGCCCCUUGUCUCAGUCAGGCCCAAGGGGACACCGUCUCUGCCUGUCUGCUCAAUUGGCAAAUCUCUUGGGAGAAAUUACUUAAAAAUGAGCAAAUCCUGAUCUUACAGGAAAAAUUCUCAUUCCCAUUAACUGGGGCCAAGAGUGCUAUUAAGUUUGAGGAUGGAUAUCUCCCAGGGUUCCCCGACUUUUAACCAUUUAACUUUUGUUUUCCAGAGAACCCUUUAAAUCCAUGCUAAAUCCACACUAAAAUAGCUGGGCCACCACUAGUGUGGGCUGGAGCACGACUCUGGUCUGAGAAGAGCGCUGCCUGGCUCCCUGUGGGGAUACCCACCUGCUCCAGGGGAGGACCUCUCUGUUCUCUCCUUGACCUCUCCACCCUGAGAAGACUCAAGUCUUUGCCAAAUAAACCGAUACACUGA